AACGAGAAAGGGGCAGCGGUGCUGUUGGCCGUUGAGCUGGACAGCGACCACUCGAGCACUCAAGUGCGCGUCAACGAAGGCGAAGAAAUGGAACACUUCUACAGCAUCAUAGCACACACACCACAGACUCAUAUGUGUGUGCGUAGUGGUACUAGACCUGUGAGUGUAGGGCAGAACUGUGAAGAGAGGGGGCGGGUGGAGGUGUAUCAGGUCAGCAAACGGGGACAGUACUGUCGAGCGGAUCAGCAAGAGGAGAGGGUAUGGGAUAUGUAG